AUUUUGUUUAUGGACUAGGUUCCCUCAAUUUUGAAACAAAAAUGGCGAAUACGGAAGUCAGGUGACGUUUUCAUGAUGUAAAAGCAGCAGUAAAAUGAAGGUUUUAGUACUUUUGGUGGUUGCAGUGGUGGUGUUUGGAGAUUUUGUGCACUGCCAAAUUAAUAGUAUUCCUGGUGCUGGAAAAACUACGUUUUACCUGGACAGAUACUCAGACUGUGAUGGAAAACCAAGAGAGGUGGGCAGGUCCACGGUGUUUAUAAGUGGUACCAGCACAGAAUUUCAGGGUCAACCUGUGACUUCAUGUAGUAUCACUCUAAACACAGAAAACAUAAGAGAACCAUAUAGAUUCAAACUUCAGGUACUUGAAGUACGCAUUGACGAUCCUGGUGUAUAUUUCUAUAUCUAUGAUGGCGAGUUUCAAGGAAAACUUCUGAGAUCGUUCAGUAAACAAGACCAGAAACCUUCAGAUCUCAAUUUUAUAUUCACCUCGGGACAGUUGGUAACAUUUCGUAUGACCAGAGGAGAACUGGAUAGAAACUAUGACAUUCGAGUCGUAGUGGAGCCUAUACCAUCUGGUACUGUGGACUGCAACUACGGUAGUGAACACAAUUGUGAUGAAUAUGGUUACAACUAUCGUCUGCUCGGAACUAAAGAAAUCGCAGGCAUUAUCGCUGGAUGUUUUGCUUUGGUGUUUGUUAUCGUUGUCAUUGUCGUCUGCUGCUGUUACAGAAAGCAACGAGGAAUCAGCCAAAAAUGGAAGGAGGAAAAAUUAGGUCACGUAAACACUGCUGCAAGUGUACAUAGUUUAAACGGAAAAGUUCCUAAUAGCCAUGGGCCAUAUAGUAAAAAACCAUGGACAUCAGAAAGUUCAAAACAUGGGUUUGCAAGUAUUCGUAGGUCACCAAAUCUACCAAGGGCAAAGAUUGCACGAUCUCAACGUACCCUGGCCAGUGAUAGCUCAAUGUUUGAUAGUAAUGCAAGUUUGCCUGUUAAAAGGCCUCUUCCACCUCCAAAUGUUAAUUCAAACCCUAGAGGAACCUCUGAACGAAGCGGAAGAAGGUAUCGAGAGAAAUACGAUAGAUAUGAAGAUGACAGAUCAUUCGACAGAUCUUUUAGUACAGCGACUAAAAAUUUCAGUGAAAGAAACUAUGUACCUCCCACUUAUCGGGAAGCCAUGAGACAUGACUCGGAAUCAUCAGUUGAUGAACAUACUUUUGUCGGAGCUGACGAUUCAGGUCAGCAGUCUGUUUUUGUUGAGCGUGUUAUGAUGCCAAGUGCUCAUGCUAAUAAAAAGACUUCGCCUCAAGUGUUAAGAGCACAGCGUGCUCGUCCCCCACCUGAUCAGGAUGAGGAAUAUGACUCAAUAGAACCAAAGAAAAAAUCUAAGGCGCUUUUAGUUGACAAGGGGGCGGGGUCAGAGGAGGAGACUGAUGAGUCUGACACUGAAAAUGAAUCUGAGGAGGAGUCAUCAGAAGAGGAAUCGGAGGCGGAGUCAGAGGAAAGUGCAAAAGAGGACAAACCAGAUGCUGUGUAUUCUCAACCUAAUAAGAUAAAAAAUAAAGCAGGAGAUGCUCCUGCAGCCCCUCCAGCCCCUCAGCCAGUUGGUUUUAGACCUCCAGCUGCCUCCCAGCCACAACAGUUUCAGGGACAACCUUAUCCAGGUUAUGUACCCCAAGGUGUUCACCAGCCCCAACCUCGAUAUGGAUAUCCUGGUCAGCCGCAACCAUAUCCACAAGGUCAGCCCCAGUACCCUCAAGGUCAGUCCCAAUACCCACAAGGUCAGCCUCGAUACCCCCAAGGUCAACCCCAAUUCCCUCAAGGUCAUUUGCCACAUGUCCAACAGCCAAAUCCAUCCCAGCCUAAUGCUUAUCAUCAGGCCAAUUUUACAGUGCCUCUUCAACAAUCUGGAACCCAAGCAGGACCUCAGUACCCUGCACAGACCCAACCUCAGUCCAGUAGAAAUAGAGACCGCAAAUCAAAUAGAGAUCCUAAAGGUCAAGUGCCUCCAAGUAAUCCUCCAGUGUAUUCAUAUCUUGUAAAUAGAGGAUAUAAACCAAUUGAUGGGAGAUAUUCUCCAGUGAGCACUUCCACAGGGGCAAGUAAUUUAUCAGGGGACAGAAAUUUGUUAAAUGAGGACUCAGAUUUUUCUGCAAAUCUCGGCAGUGGGGUUGAACUUAUGAAGCGCAAAAAUUGAUUUUUUAAAAACUGUUCUCUAUUCAUAUCAAAACUCACUUGGUUUACUAGUAUCUUGCAAAAUGAUUUUCAUACUUGUGCUGUAACUUUCAAAGUUAAGCACUAGUUAGAUUUGUGUUUUGCUCCGUAUAUGCAAAAGGCAAAAUUAUGGAAAGCUACCUUUGUUAUAAGUUAUCAGUUUUUCUUAUUUUUUUUUUUCAUGUCGUCUGCAAUGAUCGUUAAUAAUGAUUGAAGUUAAAUGAAUCUUUAAAAACAGCUCAUUCUCAGGAAAUUGUCAGACAAGAUCAUUCCAGGCCUAUAUUAUACAUACUGGUAAAAAUUUAUACAUUUGAUAAGAAGAUUCUUAGAAGGCAUAGAAAGCAACCAAGUAAAAUAAUACCAGACUUGCUUGGAUGAAAUAUACAACACCACUCGCACCCAAGCACUGGCUUAAGUGGAAUUCUAUUAUAAAGCAAAAACCAAAAAUAGUGAUGAUAAUGAGUUAGCCUGGCUCCCCGGCUGCAUGGUUAAUUUUUAAAUACGGUACUUCUUUUUUAGUAAAUUUUAAGCCUCGUAAAUAGCACAUUUUAUUUUAUGGUUAAACCAUACACCUAUGUUCGGAGUCAGGGGCACCAUAAAAAAUGUCAGUAUAGAAACAGCUUGCUGGAGUUACUUCCUCUGUUAAUGAUAAGAAAUAUGACAAAACAAACAUAGGGAUGGGAGCCAGUCUAAUAAUGAGUAUAAUUGAACAGAUUGAGAUAUAAUUGGCAGUCUGACUGUUUUCAUUAAGUUUGUUGGCUUUUUUUUUGUAAAGUAGUACAUAUAGUAAUUUGUUAUACGCCCGAAGGGAUGUAUUAUGUUAUACCCCCGGUGUCCGUCUGUCAAUUUCGUGUCAACUCUGUAACAGUUCCAGAUCCCUUUUUUGUUCACUUACAAUAUUUUUUUUUAAUUACUUCCCUUUUAUAUUACUAUAAAUAGCUUAUUUUGUAACUUUUAUUAUUGGCCGUAGGGAAAAACCGAGACCACUUUUCUGUGGUACAACAUGGAUGGUACCUCCAAUUUUUAUAUGCCCAAAGGGACGUAUUAUGUUAUACCCCCGGUGUCCGUCUGUCCGUCCAUCCAUCUGUUAGCAAUUUCGUGUCCGCUCUGUAACUCUUGAACUUCUUGAAGGAUUUCAAAGAAACUUGAUACAAAUGUUCACCACACCGAGACGACAUGCAGAAUGCAGAGUGCAUGUUUUGGAUAUCUCGCUUCAAGGUCAAGGUCACACUUAGGGGUCAAAAGUCAUAUCAGUUUGUUUCUUGUCUGCUCUGUAACUCUUGAAGUGCUUGAAGGAUUUCAAAGAAACUUUGCACAAAUGUUCAUCACACGGAGACGACGUGCAGAGCACAUGUUUCAGAUGGCUCAUCUUAAGGUCAAGGUCACACGGGGGUUAAAGGUCAUAUAUGACUGCUUUGUGUAUAUUGCUCUGCAUUGCAGUGCUAUUGUUUUUAUUUGGCAGAUCCCUUUUUUGUUCACUUACAAUAAUUUUUUUUUAAUUACUUCCGUUUUAUGUUACUAUAAAUAGCUUAUUUUGAAUUGUUUUUAUUAUUGGCCAUAGGGAAAAACCGAGACCACUUUUCUGUGGUACAAGAUGGAUGGUACCUCCAAGUUUUAGGUGUAUUUUGACAUACAUAUACCUUUACCUGGUAAGGAUUUUUUUGCAGACUUAGAAUAUUUUUUGUGGACUUAGAUUUUUUUUUUGGAAUUUCUUCCCUCUGUUGUUCCUGUUCUUUGGGCUUCAACAGUCAAGUUCUUUAAAUUUUGCUCCCAUUUUCUGAUGUAACCCUUUGGGCAUAUAUUGCCCCACUUGGCGGAGCUCUUGUUAUUUGUAUUUUGACAUAUCUGUACCUGGUAAGGAUUUUUUUUGUGGACUUAGAAUAUUUUUUUUCUUUGGACUUUUGAAUUUCUUCCUUUUGUUGUUCCUGUCCUUUGAGCUUCAACAGUCCAGUUCUUUAAAUUUUGCUCCCAUCCUCUGAUAUAACCCUUUGAUUACACUUAGGGGUCAAAGGUUAUACCUUUGGGUGUAUAUUGCUCUGCAUUGCAGUGCUUUUGUUCUUGUUUAUUUUAAUUUAUUGUAGAUUCUACAUUGAUUUAUAUGUAUACAUUAAUAAUCUUAAGAUUAAAAACCUUUUCAUAUCUUUUUAGGUGGUGCAUAUUGAAUUAUACUUUAUAAGAAAUUUUUAAUAAAGGCAGUUCUGAUAAAAUAAUAAUGAAAGUACUCAAAAUUGUCUUUAGUUUUGGAGAAACAUAAGAAACAUAAUAAAUGUAACAUCUUUUUGUGCUUCUAUAACAUCCAAUGUAUGUAUAAAAAGUUUGUUCUUUUAUGGCCAAAUACUAGUGACAGAGUCAGUUUUACUAUCUAUGUUGAGCUAAAUUUGGUUGUUUUUAUUCGUUUUUCAAGACACUUUUUCAGAACAGGGUCAUUUUGUUGUAAGAAUCUGUAAGGUUCACCUUUUAUUUUGUUUUAGUUUUUUUUCUUUGAAGUACUUAUAGAACUGGAUCCUGAAUAUUAUUGGAAGAAGUACAGACACAUAUUUACGAGAUUGGAUGUCAAUGAAGGUAUAAUACAGAACUGAUUUUCUUCCUGUUUAUAUUUACUUGUGAAAUACAAGCAAUAUUGUUUUAAAGAAUUUAUAUAGGUAUAUGGUAAACACAAUUCAUUGUCAAUCUCAUGAAGAGUUACGAUACCACAGUUUAUGUAAUGAGGAAGGGGAUGCACUUUUUAGCACCUUGACUUUCAAAUGACUAAACAUUUGCUCUAUAAACUGAAUUGAUUCAAUUAAUACAAAAGAACUGAAUCUAUUGUUUUAUUUCUAUUUCUUCAUGUUUUGAUGGGCUCAUUUCACAUAAAUAAUUGUUGAUUUAUUUAAGUAUGUUUCAAGUAUAAUUAUUUAUGUGCAAUACAUUAAUCAGACUAGUUGUUUUAUAUUCAAUAAACUUCAAUUUAAUUGGAUUUUUUUUUAACUUUGAUGAUUCACUUCUGACAGGAAGUGCAGUGUUUUAUGGUCCUUUAACAAAUUUUUAAAUUGCUAGAAGUGUGGCAAAGUUUUUAUAAUAGUAUUUUGAUUUUGUAUUUUUAAAGAGUAUAACUUGUUAAGAAAGAUUUCCCCCAAAAAGAAUUGGAUUCAUAUUUGCUUUACUAAAGAGAGACAGGCUGUUCAAGUGUAGAAAAAGCUUAACCAUUGUAAAGUAUUUUGUACCCACUCAGUGUCCUGACUAACACGUUUUAAGUGGUUGUAAUUUUUGUGCUUAUCAGUGAUUUUGAAACAUUCCUUCAGAUGUACAUAUCAGUUUUUUGUUUAAGAUUAUAUUUAGUGAUUCAUAUAUAUUGUAUACAUGCACAUAUCAUUUUUAAGAGUUUUGUCUAUAUACAUAUGAACAUUUCUAAUAAAAUUAGAAGUAGAAUACAAACAA